AUAGGCAGCAGAUCUCCCCCCCUUCCCUUAGGUGCUCCGAGGGGACUUCCUGGCGAGCGAGCUGGAGCGGCCUCCAUCCGCUGGACCCCGUUGAACCAUCUACCAUUUGCCCAUGUCCACAGUGAAAGACAUCGCCGAUGGCCAAGAGUUGUGACUGGCCGUCUCUCUGUCGCUUUUUGGGACAUGGCAACGGCAAGAGAAUUGCGGCCUCCCAACCCGGCUGCACCAGGGACAGCGGGGGGAUGAGUGUCACCCCCUGCCGCGGGGUGCCCGGGGGACGGCUUCGUCAUCGUCGCCAAAGGCAUUGUUCCCGUCCUGGCGAUAUCCGCGCACCGGUUGCCGGCCAUAAACGUCUCCCGAGGGCCUCCCCCCAGGCGGAUGUCGCUAAGCUCCCGACCUCGAUCCCGGCCCCGCAGCACCUUGUCCACCAGUCACCGGCAGGCCGACCAAUCUCGUAUGCUCCUUCGAAGGCGCGAGGGAUCGAGUCGGGCCGGUCGCUAUCUCGGCCCGCCGCGCGGAUCCUCGAUCCAUGUCCCGGGGACCUACCGGGAAGUGUGGUGAAUCUUGUCAAGUUCCUCUGACUGGACAUGGCCAGCAUGCACACACAUGCCCGGGAGAGAGCCCGUCGAGCCUGGGGCUCCUACACUCCGAGUACCCUCGCCAGUGGGCCUGCGGUGGGAGAGCCACCCGAGGUCAUUGGCCUCGGCAAGCCCUCGGUCCUCCACUCGCCCGACCGGUCCCCGAGGCAGGCCAAGACACAAUCAAAGGGCACUGUCUGCCAAGUGAGAUGCAUCCAUCCAUCGGACGGCCGAAAAGGCAUGGGAGGAAAAAAAGCCCAAACGAAGGUAACCCCCGAAUAAUACUCUGAGUGGAAAAAACCUCCCCUCCACACGCGGCCAAGAAAGAGACAGAGA